UUCAAAAGAUUAUCUCAGAAGGAAAAAACCUGAAUCCACUAGAAAAGGUAGCACAUGGGGCACAACCAAACAUGAAUUUCAUCACCAAGUAGACUGUGGCUGGCAGAAAUCUUAAAUUCACGACUGAAAUACACACUCUUCCUUAUACUUCUCAGGACUCUCCCCAAAAUAAACUGAAACAGUAAAUCAAUAGAUUGAUGGAUGGGUAAUUUGCUAAAAGUCUCAUACACCAAAAAGAGGGUGGGGGGUAGUCUUAGGAGGUCUGCUCUCCAGCUAAACAACUGAAGAAUGAAAGGAUUUAGUGCAUUUGCACAAGAAGAGCAUUACAAUGCAAGGAAGGAAGAAGUCACUUGGGGUUGGACAAAUCCUUAGAAAAUGCCAAAGGAAUAAACCCUGAUUCUGUGGUCGCCUUGUAUUAAUUCCCAGUGGGAAAGGGCCAACUCAAGAUAAAGUAAGGUCGGGCUUGAGAAUUGUCCUCACUUUUCUUGCCUAACACUCUCGGCAAGCGGCCACAAACUCCCACCAGAACCCUUCGGGUAAGUGUCCAGCUAGGGGAGCAAGGGAAGGGGCCAUCCUCAAGCGAGCAACCACCUGUGCGUGGUGGAGACCCCUGAGAGGGAGUUCUGAUUACAGUGGGAGGCAGCUCUGGGGAUGAACCUCCGAGACCAGGGCCGACACUGACCUCUCACCCAACUCCACUGCGGGUUGCGCCCAAUCUUCGGCCACCUUCCAGCUGAGGGCACCCCUCCUGAAACCUCCGCCCCCAGACCACGGUCUACACCCACAUCCAGCCGUCCCCAAAGCUCGCUGUUCGCUCCUCUGCCUGACAGCUGCCCUGCCGCCACCAGGCAGCCCCAGUUUCCCCAGCCCGGCUUCCCCAAACCAGUCUUCCGGCCUCGGUGGCGCCCCAGGCCCGCGGGAUUAGGGAUUAGGAACUGGAAAGGUUUGGUCCAAUCCCCUUUCCCUCUCAGCGUCCUGGGCUCACCUCCCCGGCAGCUUAGCGCUCCUCUUCCAAAACUGCUUGCUGUUCUCAGCGGCCAUUGCUCUGGCCGGGGAAAGGCCUUGUAGGCGGGCCAAGGGGGUUGCCUGGAGAGAUGCCCCCAGACCCCGCAAUCUGAGGGCCAACCCAGGCCGCUUCCCCGCCGCCGGUCACCCACUCCCAGCUCCUGGGGACGCCAUCUUGGAUGUGGGCACCCCUCCACCCAGCGCCGCUGCCAUUGGUGAGCUGCGCAAACUGUGGAUGGGCCGACCAAUCGGGAGCCGGAAUCCUGCAAGCCGCUGAAGCCAACGGGUAACGUCAGGGGCAGGGCACACAGGUGGAUGGGGAAGGCGGAGCUUGGAGGAGCAGAGAGGCGGGGCUCAAAGUUCCUACCCUCCAGAGGGAAGAAGCAGCUUCCACGAUAGUAUGUUUACCUGUCUAUCUCCAGUACCAAGCUCAGACCCCAGCACCUAGUAGAUACUCAAUAGAUGUUUGCUGUGAGGUGCUCUGGUAAAACAAGGAUAAAAUGAAUGCCAGGAUGGUCUCCCUCGUGGUGGGCAUCUUCUCUGUCCUCAACACCAUCCAGUUCUUCAUCUUUGACCUGAAUCAGACUACACACAUUGGCUCUGAGGACAAGUUCAGCAUCUACACGGACUCAAAGUUGAAGCUAGUCACUUGGAUCCUGUUCCACAGGGCUGAGAUCAGCACUGCCCUCUCCCUCACCACCAUCGUCAUCAGCUGCUUCCUCCUUUAUUGUAUCUAUAAUAAUAUCUUCCAGGGGCUGCUGAUCUAUGCCAUGUGGAUCAUCACUUAUGAGUUCAUCAACUUCUCCAUAGUCCUGCUCCUCAACAAUAUCAUCAAAGAUGAGUUUAAGCAGCUGAGUCACUUGUACCUGAUUUUCCAAAUCUCACACAUGCUCCUGCACUUUUUCUGUCUGCCCUUCAUCUUCAAGCAUGCGUACAGCCUUUACCAGGAGCUCCCAGCUGUGAAAAAGGCAGCCCGCCCCAGGUCCUCCUCCACCAGUGCAGUGAACUUAAGACUACCUGUCCCUUGGAGAAUGUUGUACCAGAAGUGAAACUGACCCCUGCCGGGAAAGGUGGGAGCGAACGGUGCUCCUCAGCAACGGAACCCUCCCUGCCCCGCCAGUCUUCUGUUGAUGCUGCUUGGUUUGUCAGGGCUUUUGAGUUUUAUGCACUGUGGAAUGAUCCUUGGGAGAGGGCGGGUUGUGUGGAUUAAUUAUUGUACAGAUGUGUGGUGUGACUUGUUUUAGUAGUUAAUGAUAUAUGUGGCCUUGUGCUUACUUAGCUGUCU